AUGACGAUCUGUACUUAUAACACACGUACGCUUGCAUUGGACGCGGCCAUUGAAGAUCUGAUGAUGCAAGCCAGGAAGUUUAAGUACGUCGUCAUCGGACUGACCGAGAUGAGGCGACGCGAUCAACUAAACGUCGUGUAUGACACUGGAGAAGAACUGUUCUUAGGAACAUGCGAGAGUACAGGAGUUGGUGGAGUUGGUGUCCGCGUCAACACGAAUAUGGCAAAGAACAUCGACUCUUUCAAACAACUUACAACCCGAAUUGGACGUUAA